UCAGUUGUCAACUCUUCAACACCCUCAUAGGAACGAACAUCACACCACUCCACGCACACUCGUUCUCCUCUUGCAACUUUUGGACCCGAACUCAAUCCGGAUCACGUACGUAUAGUCGAGAGAUUGACAUUUUGGAAACGAAGCCAUAUACACGACAUCCAAGAGACCUGAAUUCAGCACCAGCCUCAAUGGAUCAUACUAACCCCGUUUACCUGUCUCAUCCGCAAUCCGAAAAGGACUUUCUGGCUCAAUACUACGCCAGGCUCUCCUUAGCGGACACGGAUGCGGACAAAAAAAUCUCCCAUUCCCGCAACUGCCCCUUCCACUGUCACGGUUACACCUGAAGCGUCAGCCCAGCAAUCCCAGAUUGUCACAGAGACCACGGGCACGGGAGCUACAGGCCUCACCAUCGCUACAGUUACGGGCAUCGCGGGCACAUCUACGCACACUAUAACCGGACCGGACGGAACCGUCCUCGUCCCACCUCCCAUUCCCGCCCACCCCGGUUGUGAACUCUCCCUGCAAAUGGCUAAAGUGAUGGAAGAUUCUGCGAUCGAGCAUUGUUGCGACUAUAUGAAGGCUAAGAAUCUGCUCAGAGAUAAGAUCGUGGCAAAGGUCCUCGAGAACACUCAGGAGAAGCUCAUGGAAUUGUUGCAAAAUGAACUUGAUCGGAUGAGCAGCGAGGAGGAGGAGGAUGAUCUCGACCUUGACUCCGACUGUGACAAGGACUGUGAUCAGGGCUUGGAACAGUAG